UUCACGAGCCAAAUUUGAAACAACAAGUGCCCGUCUUGGCAAGGCAAACACCACAGUGGCAGUCAACAUCUCUGCGACAAGAAACACGUUGGAUGGACUGUGUCUCUGAGUGAAUUUAAGAAACUAAUGUCUGCCUCACCACUCACAGAAUACGUAAAGAUCCAACCGAACAACUAAGUCCAUCUGAGGAGAUAAGAUGUCAUCCCAGUAUCCGGAGCUGAAGGGCUUCUACCACCUGCGUGAAACCAUUGGUUCAGGUGGGUUUGCGAAGGUGAAGCUGGCCUAUCAUGCACUUACUGGGGAGAAGGUUGCUGUCAAGAUCAUGGAUAAGAAGGCUCUCGGGGAGGACCUGCCAAGAGUGAAGACUGAGAUAGCUGCGAUGAAGGAGUUGUGCCACCAGCAUAUCUGUAAGCUGUUCCAGGUCGUGGAGACGGAGGACAGGUUCUACAUGAUACUUGAGUACUGUCCAGAGGGAGAGCUGUUUGACUACAUCGUGUCCAAGGACCGGCUGGAUGAGGAUGAGGCUCGCAUCUUUUUCCGACAGAUAGUCUCUGCUGUGGCUUACAUCCACUACCAAGGCUAUGCACAUCGGGACCUCAAACCUGAAAACCUGCUGCUUGAUGAGGAGCAAAACUUAAAGCUGAUUGACUUUGGCCUGUGUGCUAAGCCUAAGGGUGGGAUGGAGCGUCAUUUGUACACAUGUUGUGGGAGCCCAGCCUAUGCUGCGCCUGAACUCAUCUCUGGCAAGGAAUACCUUGGUGCCGAGGCUGACUUGUGGAGUAUGGGGGUGCUGCUGUAUGCGCUGCUGUGUGGCUUCCUGCCCUUUGAUGAUGACAAGAUACCUGCACUGUACAGGAAAAUACAGAGCGGCAAGUAUGAUGUACCUGACUGGCUAACCUUGGACUCUGCGGACCUCAUCAGCCAGAUGCUGCGCGUGGACCCCAAGAGGCGCAUCACCGUGCAGCAGCUCCUACAUCACCCCUGGAUGACCAAGGGCUUCAACAUCCCUGUGGAGUGGAACACUAAGUACAAGCGCACAUUGGAUGAUGACUGUAUAACAGAACUAGCUGUGCACUAUGGGAAGUGUAAGGUGGAGAUGGAGACACAGGUGUUACAGUGGAAGUACGACUACUUGACAGCAACCUACUUCCUGUUGCUUGAGAAGAAGAUGCGCGGCCGUCCAGUCCGACUGCUCCAGAAGCCCACCAUCUCCACCACCACACCUGCACCUAAAAAGGCUUACUCAUACAGCUCUGAGGAUGAGAGUGACGUCAACCACUCUCCUUUCAUCAUCACCCCGAAGGAGAAAACAGAAGAACACAGACAAAAUGCAUACAACUGUCAACAACAAGCCAAAGAAAGGGUCAGAGGGCGGGCCCGAGAGAGGCUCCCAUUUUCUGACAGUGGUGAUAAAGAAGACAAAGAAAACUUCCUUAUCCCUCAAAUUCCGAACUCUCCUCGAGUCAAACCCCAGAAGACUCCGACUGCAAAUGCUGUGUUAAAGAAUGUUGCAGCCAAGCCGAGGUCUCCCCUCAUGUCCAAACAGUUGCACAUAGCGUCUUUGGAUGACAGUAGUAAGUCGCCCCUAGCAGGCUCCAAGGAGCCACUGCUUAUGACAGCACCUAAAUCAGCUCCACCCAAUCAGAAGAAACAUCAUUAUGACUGUGCUGCUCUGUUUAAAGUGUGUACACCACUCAAGCCUGUUGACAACUCCUAUUUGAACACAACGCUGUCCCCUUCCCGGUCCUACGAUUCCCAACUGAACAACAUAACAGCUGACGCAGAGAUACACACGCCAAUCAGUGCAUCCAAGAAAGCUGCAUCGGUGGACGAAGGACUAUAUAAGGCUGGCAUGACAACCCCCAGCAGCGCACACAAGUCCAAGAAAUCCAUGUUUGGCAGUCUAGAGAAGGUGUUUAACAUGCUCACUCCAAAGAAACAGCGAGGCAGUACUUCAGAUGGACCCAGGAAAGUGAAGGCACUCCACAACGUGUUCCGAACAUGUCAGUUCAACCCCGACUACGUGCUGAAGAGACUAAGAGCCAUCAUAGAGGAGAAGUGCAUUCCCUACAAGCAGAGCGACUAUGCCCUGCGGUGUACUGUGAUGGAUGACUGGGGUCGAGUCAGACUAGCCUUUGACAUGGAGGUGUGUGCCAUGCCCAAGUCACCAUAUAUUGGAGUGUGUCGCAAGCGAGUCAAGGGUGAUGUCUGGCAUUACAAGAAACUCUGUGAAGAUAUUCUUACAUCGGCUAAGCUGUGAUAAGGUUGUGCAAGUUCUCAAGAUCCACAGAAAAUGCAGCAUGUAUACUAUGUAUAUUUUAAGAGUGCUUCAUUUGAAACUGCACCCAUCCUAAUGUGAUGGUGGUGUACUAUAGAUUUGGCUAAACUGUAAAUGUGUGCUAUUUUAGAAAAAUAAUCUCAAUCAGUGCCAUGAUGUUGAGAGAAGAGAAGAUUUGUCUCUCUUAGUUGGUGAUAAGUCGGGUAUUUUAUCUGUAAGACAAUGCGGGCCUACAAUGUUAGUGAUGUGCUGAGGAGGUUUGUCUGGAGAACACAGUGUUACAGACUCAACCAUGGUUUGCAAACAUCACAUAGUGGCAGCUUACUAGGGUUUGUUAAGUUUUAUUCUAAUACGAAUUGGAUCCUUUGUAGUCACCCCAGAUGUGUAACAGUUGAACCUGUUUAGCACACCUGUGGGUUGUCACCUGAAUCAACCAGCUGAUGGCCUCAGGUGUAAAUCAAGUGGCGUGUCUGAAACAAGGGAGAUGGAAACAACAGAUUUGUAUUUUGUGUACAUGUUAUUCUCUAAUACUGCCCUGUAUUAACACAUGUAACCCUAGAUGCCAUAGUGAUGAUUGCAGACUAUAUACACUGCAAGACUCACUCUCACACACUCUACCUGAGUUGGUCUUAGAGCGGAGAUGGCAUUGUGUCCACAUAUUGUUAGUGAUGUACAUAUAUGUCUGUGGAAGGGACUUGCUCAUGUUACAGAGCUAAAUUCAUGUCCUUGUCGUGUUCAGUGUGUCAGUCAUUUUAAUCUGAUGUUUUAUUGGCUGUAUUUAUCCUGUUUAUAAGACUGUUUUAGAUUCUGUUAUUUUAGCUGGGCAUAUUGUGAUCUGCCCAUUUUAUCCCUAUAUUUUAAUGGAAGGUAUACACAGAUACGAUUGUCACUGACACAUAUGUGACAAUGGGCACAUACUGUUCUCAGCAGAUUAGAAACCUCAUCAUCGUCAGUCUCCACUGUAGAAGGUCAACUAAUGUAUGUUGUUAGUUGAAACAUUUAAUAUAAUUUAUGAUUGACCAAGCUGUUUCCUUAACCUCUACACACUACCAGAAGAUUGCCCAGUGUGUGGCUUCAAGUAAAAUUUCCACUGGAGAUUUUACUUAAACCUAUCUUGAAAAUUUCCCAAAAGCAAUUGAGUCAUUUUUUAAUUUCUCAUAACAGAAUGAACAUAAGGCUCACAAGCAUUACCAAAUUUGUCUGAUGAUUCCAUGUGUUUCUUGUAUUGAACAUAUCUCGCGGUGAGUUUCUCUUAUAGUCUGUAUGAAUGAGAUAACUCGGAUAUGAAACAGGAGCGUUUCGUUUAAGUGGAUUGAUACAAGCUAUACCACGAAACUUCAAGUUUGACAAACUGAAAAUGCUAUCUGGAUCCCUGACCAGUCAAAUGUAACACAGGAUUACAAUUUUAUGAUGCCAGUUUGGUUAUCAGCUGCAUGGUACAGUGCAUACACGGCCUUCAGCCCUAGUUUAACUUUACCUAAGUAGGUCUUAUAAUAUUUUAAUUCCCGCGUAUUAUGGAAAGAUGUAUAUCAUGUUGGAGAAUGAUUAAUGUAUGUCAUCCAGUUGCCCCCCACUGCUAGGUAACUCCCUCCCAUACAGUAGACUACAGCUGUAUUGGCAGGCUGCAGAAGCCUCACCCUCACUAUUGAGGAACCACUUGUCUGCACAACCAAAGUUUAUGCUUAUCACCAGGGUGGCAAAACAAAUCCAUGUAUCUUUCUUAUCAUAUACAUUUUGUGUCAGGUAAUGGGUUGACAACUGGUUGACAUUUGUCUACAGUGAUAAGCUUGUUUCCAGCUGACACUUUUGUUGUGGGUGUAUGUUAUGUUUAUUUGUUGAGGUGACUAACUGGCCUUUCAGGGAGAACUACAUCACAGAGACCACAUGCGUGUAAGGAGCUUGGUGGGUCAUUUUACACAUAGCAUUCUGAAAUGUGUCAGUUCAAAGAGCUGAUAUGGUCAAUUUCUUAUUGUCUUUUUAAACCAAUUCAAAUGAAAUAUUGAAGGGAUUAUAGAUGCCAUGUUCCAAGGAAAAUACAAGCUGCUUUUCAGCUUCUCAGGUGAAAUGUCUUUUGUUCUUGUCAUAUUAUUCCCCACAUGGGUACAAUGCUUGAAGCCCAUUUCUGGUGUCCCCCCGCCGUCAUGUUGCUGGAAUAUUGCUAAAAACGGUGUAAAACCACACUCACUCUCACUCACUCUCUCACUCACUCACUCACUCACUCACUCACUCACUCUUGUCAUAUUACUGGUACAAUAAACAUUUUAGCGACCUAAUAGUUUUACCAAACUAUGUUUUGCUUACAUGUUACACCCAUGAAAUGCCCGAUUUCCAGGAAAACAGUAAUGCCAGAUAUUCUACCAUUAUUUAACUCAGAACCAUAAAUGCAUGUAUCUUGUAGUAUUCAGACCGUGUAGCUUCCCUUAUGGUUGAGGAGAAACAAGUUCCCUAUGUAGGACUAAAUGCAUAUGCAUAUAUAUAUAUAUAUUGCAAAAGCACAUAUAAAUACAUCAUUCAUAUAUAGUACUGUAGGACUAUUCUCAUGUACUGUAGGAAUUGUUACUGACAUUUGUCCUCAUUUUUAGAAUGUUACCAAUCUUGGCAAUUCUUUCAACGGUUUUUACCAAUGCUGCAAGGAAUAUGUGUGCAGUUUGCGAUAGAUUGUUUGUUUGACCCGAGUGGAAUUCCUGUAUAUACGUCUGUCUGUCUGUCUGUCUGUCUCUACUCUCACUGUACAUAGCAGUUGUAUAGUCACUGUGAUCACCAUGAGGUGCUAUCUACACUCGAAUAUGAAAUAAACCAUGUAGAACAUU